GUGGAUGUUACAAGCAGAACUUUAGAUAAGAAACAGGAGAAGAAACAGAGAAAUUUACCUGAGGAGUAUUGUAAACCACCAGUUAGUAUGUCUCCAAAAUGCAAGAGUUUAUCUUUCUGUCUAUCAGGAGGAAUAACCAACUCUGGCAGACCCAAAUAUGAUUUGAGGAACACUUCUUGUGUAUUCAGGCCAACAAUAAGUCAGACUUAUGGAAAUCCACUUUUGACUAGCUUUAGGGUAUAUGUAUUUGAUAAAUAUGGAAAAACGUUCAGAUCUUUCUUGAAUAAAGAAAGAGUAUCAAAUUACAGUGCAUUUCAGGUUAGGAACUUUCACCAACUUCUAUCCUUAAGUUGGCAACCUUGUGCUGGUAUAUCAAGGACAGGAGCAUAUCCAUACAUGACUACAUGGAGUGGUCAUCUCCCAUUAGAAAGGGUGUCCAGUGGGCCUGCUGCAGUACGCUGUAAAUCUACGACCACGACAAGGGACAAGCUCCGUGCAAGGAUCCGGAGCAAGCUCCCUGAUCUCAAGGAGGAAGAGCUGGAGGAGCAGUUUGUAAGGGGGUCUGGACCAGGAGGCCAGGCCACCAACAAGACCAGUAACUGUGUGGUCCUGAAACAUAUCCCAACCGGACUUGUUGUCAAGUGUCAUCAGACGAGAUCUCAGAGCGAAAACCAGAAAAUUGCCCGUCUCUUGAUGAAAGAGAGGCUGGAUCAGCAUCUCCAUGCCGACCAGAGCGCCAUCUCUCAAUACCAACAGACCAUGAACAAGAAGCGAGAGGAGAAGAAACGAAAGACGCGACUGAAACUUGAAAAGCUGAAGGCACUACGAUCGAGUGUAGAUGAUGAGGAGGAGGAGUCAAGUGGUAAUGGAAAUCAAGAUGUUACAGACAAAGAUAUGUGAGACUUCCCUUCAAUAGAGUAAAGAAAUAAAACCAUUGAAGGCUUGAUUGCAAUAAGAGAGAUUUUCAUA